AAAGGCCCUGUUGAGCAAUAUGUGAUGUGAACAAACACUUCAGAUCGUGCAUACAUUAGAUCAUGUGCUCUUGAAUUGGCUGCUCUGUCUUAGGCUCUGUUUACAGCCUGUUUUGACUUAACUGGAUAACAGUGUCUAUCAACUGUGUAUCUAUCUCGUGUGUCUCCACUUCUAAUCGCCAAUCUCCUCCUGUUUCAGCGUUUACAGGCUCUGUCCUCCCAGGUGUGAGAUCAUUGAUUGGUGCAUUGCCCCUUACAAACCGGUAAUCAUUCAAUACAAAAACUGCAAGAGUUAGAGAUGAGGAUGUUAAAGCUUAACUAACAUAGCAGAGAUUCCUCUUGAUCAUAUCUUUUAAUCACUGAUAAGAUUUUACAGUGGGAGUGGAAUUUCUUGCACUAAGCACAGUGACUGUCUCAUGAUACAGAGAUGCAGGCUUUAAAGGCCUUUAUCACUUCAGGCUAUUUGCUGAAGACACAGCACAAAGACCUCCCUAUUGAGAGACUAUGAAGCCUGUUUAUGUCUUAACGCAAAUGAACAAUCAUUUAAAAAAAUAUGCUGCUAGUUUUCUCACAGGGCGGACAAAACAACAUGAGAACACAGACACAUACAAAAUAAACUUCACAAAAUUAUGCUUGUUACUUGCUGCAAGUACCGUGCUCCAAUAUUAUUUUUAGGUGUACUUCACCAGGCAUCUCUUAUGAACUUUUUCAGAGAGAAAUCAUGUACUUUUUUUUUUAUCACACUACACUUAUUUAAGAGCAGUAGUUACUUUUCAGAUUCAGAUUUAUCAUGAAACAUGAUCAACAAUUCAAAUAUUAUGCGCUCUUAUAGAUUAAAUGACCCAUGACUCCUCCUGGAGCAGGCUACACUAAAUGCAACAACAGUUAAAGUCCAGCAACAUAACAUAUAACCUGAAAAGACCCAUUUUGCAUCACGAUUACUUUUAUCUUUAGCACCUAAAGUAUACUUUGCUGAUGAACUUUUACAUUGUGCUAUUUCUACUUUGCAGACCAGUAACCACUGGUAAGGCAGGGAUUUAAUAUGCUCAUUUUAAUGUGAGCUGUUUGUGGGCUGGCAGUGGUAAAUGUAUGUUAUUAUAACCGCACUCGUUUCAGGUUUAUUGGGAGUAAGAGUAUAUGAUGAGUUGGUGAACAUGGGGUUAAGUUUUCCUCCUCCGCCGAGCAUUUAUCCCUCAUAAUGGGAUGUGCCACCGAGUCGCUCUGCUGGUCUAAGCUACAGCAGGUCAACAUAUUCAGUGCAAGAGGCGGUGCAACAUGGGCUGAGCCUAUUUGCAGGGGUAGGAAGAUGAGCUGUGGAUUCGGCGCUGCACAGCGGUCGUGAUUCUCAUCGAUGAGGAGUCGAUCUGACUGACCGCCUCGGAGACACAGGCAAUGGUGACACGUGGAUUUUUGUGGGCGAGGGGACCCACCGGCCACCGGGUGGAUUAACCCGGUCGACGCAUGGGUGUGUGCGUCGGCGUCCCGGACUGCUCCGAUUUUCUGGUCUCGCUCCGGGACCCGGCGAUGAGCUCUUUAAAGGAAACGGGUUUCGCAGAGACAUCCGGAAAACGCAUCCAUGCGCCAGGGCCACUCCGCAUCCCGAAAUGCUUGUGACAACACAAAGCCUGGCUUUAAGGAGCUCCGAUAGGAAACCGCGCAUGCAAAUCGGCAUGGGUGCGUCAACGCGGUUGUUUCAGUGUUUUUUGCGGAUGAGGCUUUGGAGCGCAGUCGUGCGAUGAGACAAUCUGGAAUAAUCAAGUAGACUUUAUUGAUACAUAAUCCGACAAUAUGGCUGAUCAGAGCAACAUCCAGUCCGCCGCCUCCAAGAGUAUCCGGCCCUUUAAAUCCAGUGAAGAAUACCUGUAUGCCAUGAAGGAGGAUCUGGCUGAAUGGCUGAACACCCUCUACGACCUAGAUAUCACUGCGGACACCUUUAUGGACGGGCUGGAGACGGGCUGCGCCCUGUGUCGGCACGCCAACAACGUGAACCGCGCCGCACAGGACUUCCAGCAGGAGUACCCGGAGGCUGCACAGUCCAUGAAAGUGCCAUCCAAAGAUGUUGUCUUUCAAUCGCGCAACGUCGUGCCGGGCUCGUUUGUGGCACGGGACAACGUGUCCAACUUCAUCACCUGGUGCAGGCAGGAGCUCUGGAUCAAGGACGUCCUCAUGUUCGAGACCAACGACUUGGUGGAGAGGUGCAACGAGAAGAAUUUCGUCCUGUGUCUCCUCGAGGUGGCGCGACGCGGCGCCAAGUUCGGCAUGCUGGCCCCCAUGUUGAUCCAGCUGGAGGAGGAGAUCGAAGAGGAGAUCCGGGACCAGGAGAGCCUGCGGAUCGAUGCCGGGGAGCCAGCUGAGCAGAGCCCGCCUGGCAGGUGUUUUGGUCGGAAGGAGAGCAGCCAGAGUGUGGAGGAUGAGGAUGAACCUGACCCAGAGCCGUUCAUCUGGCCCCAGAAGAGAGUUUUAUGUGACAUGCGAAAUUUGGAUGAGUUGGUGCGGGAGAUUUUGGGCCGAUGUUCUUGUCCAGCUCAGUUUCCGAUGAUCAAGGUGUCGGAGGGGAAGUACAAAGUGGGAGACUCCAGCGCACUGAUCUUCAUCAGGGUCCUUCGCACUCAUGUGAUGGUCCGCGUCGGAGGGGGCUGGGACACAUUAGAGCACUAUUUGGACAAGCAUGACCCGUGUCGCUGUGCUGCUUUUGCCCACCGCUACCACCAGGCUAAAGCCAGUGGCCAAGGUCAGGGGGCUCAGAGCAAGUCCUCGAGCGCCCACUCCUCCCGCUCCACCAGCCCGGGUCCGCACUGGCGAAACGAUGGCAUAGCUCCUUACAAGCCGCCGGACAGGCGUUCCAUGGAGCCCCCUUCUGCCCCAUGUUCCUCUUCCUCCUCCACGCGGUCGGGCCGAUCUCAGAACGCCUCUGCCCACACUGAGCUUGACUCUGGCGCGGCUCGUCCUCUGCUCCCACGGCCGCCACGAGACCGCUCAGAACCCCGCCACUUUAAUCCUCUCAGGAACAAGGAGACAAUGUUACCAGUGACAAGACGGCUGUCUGGAGACAGUGACUCCUCCACAGCUUCAUCUAAAGGAGGAGGAGGGGGUCGGUAUUCUCUUGGUGGUGCCUCACGGCGCUCGGGUGAAGAGGUAGUCCUGCUCGUCAACCGCAAGGAGGGGAAGCAUAUGAUUGAGAGGCCCGGAGCAGGAAAUCAGACCCCAUCCCUCCGUCCCUCACUGCCCCGUGCGCGCAGUCAAUCUCGGGAACGCGCUGCGCUUGCUCCGAUUCUCAAACCCAACCCCCCUCAAGGAUCCUCUGAUGGAGCACGGACAUCUCGAACAGAGAGGGGCCGCUCCCUUGGAAAUGAGGGCCCAAGGAGGCUCCACGCUCCACGUUCCCACAGCCAGAGUAAGUUAUCCAGCCGUACUCGGUCCAGUGAUGCCAGCCCAAGUCCCGCUCCCUUCUGCAGAGACCCUCAGCCCCCGGCUUCGGACAGGCGGGAGGACCUACGGGCCAAACAAGUGCCCCCAUCCUCUCCCAGAAUAGGUGGUGGGUUCACCAAGAGGCAGUCGUCCUCGUGCUCUAACUCACCUGUUAAAGGGGUCCAGGGCAGCAACAGCAGCCCCAGCAAGAAGACUAUAACUACUCCCAGACCUCCUGCCCCGCGCUCACCCUCUGUAGGAAAAGGCAGACUGCUGCCGCCGGUAAACUCAGGAGGUCGACGUUCACCACACUCCUCUCCCCGCAACUCUCACCAUCACGCUACUCGCUCCCCUCGGACGUCGCAGGGCCCUCGCUCUGCUGGCCGUGGACAUCACAGGAACUGGCCUGGCCUGGAGCGCCAGGAGCCCGAGGAGGAAGGACUAGGCUUUGGCUUCCAGAUGCUGCCAACACUAGACCCCCAAAGGGAGCAGGACCUGUAUCGUAGCUUCGAGGCUGAGUUUCUUGCCAAUACGCAGCAGGCUAGAGGAGUGUCUAAUAAAGCCACAGGAGUAGUGGCCCAGCAGGGAGCUGGGACACAUUCAGUGCCAAUACUCACUGAUUCUAAUGUCACUGACUCUGCUUAUUCCUCCUCUAACUCGUCCUCCUCUUCCCUGAACGUGGGGGCAAAGAUAGGAGCUCUGCCUGACCUCAGGGAGUCUAAGAGAACUAAUCCUCGUCACUUCCCGCUCGAGGACCCCUUACAUUUACUUUAUGGACACAAUUUUGGAGGACCACACAACUUCGGUCAAGGAGAGCCUGAACAGUGGGGGGACAGUGGAAUGGGUCUCAAGAAGCUCCCCGCCAUCUCUAGCUCCAUAGAGGAGAGGGAGGUCCCAUCCUCCCUGCCUGGCCUUGGCAACACAGAGUCGGACAGUUUAAUGAAUCAGGUCCCCUCACAACCUGCUUUCCACUGUAGGAACAUGAAUGGAGACCAUGGAGGUUGUCCUCCCACAGGGGGGUUGACAGGUCAGCAGGGUCAGCUUGGCUGGGGCACAGGACCUGAAGGAGAUGUUCCCCUGGAGAAUCACCAGCCAAAUUUACCGUAUGACCUUGAAAAUGGGGACAGGAGUGAUGACCUCCCACCCCCGGAGGCGUGUCCGUCACCUGUUGCCCUCCCCCUCUCUGAGGAUUGCUCCUUCCAGGACUCCUCAAGUGAAAACUCUUCCAUGUGCUUCAGCUUGAGCGAAUCCCGCUCCGAGUCCCCUCCGCCAUCUUCACCCGUGGCAAAUGGGGACACAGACGGAGAAGUGCCGCAGGCUAAGAAAGGGCAGAAGAGGGCAGACGGGGUAGCCCCCAUCUCCAAGCACAAAAUGAGAGGCAGGUUCAGGCCUCGCACCGACAACAGGCCAGAAAACAGCCCCUCGCGUAUCCCCACCCCGGUUAGCUACAGAGACCUUCAGGCUCACAACACUCUCUCCCCGUGCCACACCCCACCGCUGUCCCCUAAGAGCUCUCAUCCUACUGGCCGUCCGGCCACAUGCAAGGGCCUGCACCAGGCCUUUGCAGACAUGAUUCACCCUCAGCCACGAUCCCCAGCCAUGGGCAACAAAGAUUGCUCCUACCCUGGACAGACAGGAAGCCUGGACUCUGAAGCUUGGAUGUAGCACAAAACUGAUGAGUAUGACACAGGUGGUUGUUGUCAUGAACUUUGACUACUGUAUAAAAAAAAAACAGACAGACUUAAGACUGGGCUAUAGACUGUUUUCAUUGCAUGUCAAACACUCCUUCUUUUUCACUUAGUUUCUCUCCUGAACAACUUCAGGGGGUUCACGUUGCUUUUAUUUUGCACUCAAGCCAAAUUAUUUAUUACCAAAGGAAUGGUCUUUAAAACUACUUUUACUGUCAUUUUAAUGUAUGCAUGGGGAUGCUUUCGCCAAUCAGGUGUUUUUUUUUUUUUGUUUGUUUGGGUUUUGGUUUUUUUGCAAGACACUCAAGGUUGAUACAGAGAGGUAGAGAGAGAGCAUAUGUGCUGCCAUGUGCCCCACUGAGGGGCAUGGUAAAGUGCCAGAGAUUUAAAGCUGCAACUCUAUAAGGAGAGAAAACACUAAACCUUUAGUCAGACCCAUUAGCUCCCUCUUGUGGUUUGCCAUAGCAUCUCAGCUUGCCUUGAUGGUCAAAGUACUGUUGACUGUUGUGACCGACUGUGAUAUUUUCAGUCUCUCCACAUUAUUGGUCUUCAUAUGUGACCCAGUAUACUCAUAUUUACAAUAUACUAAUAGGUAACAUAGACACAGGUACCCCCAUCAUUCUUGUGACUUUAUGAACACUACAUGCACUACCAAUCUCUGUACAGUUGUCUGAUGUUAUUAUUAAUGUAUGAUGUCAGCUUUUCACAAUCAGUUGAUGUAGUCAGGAUAGAUAAUGUGUUUUUAAAAUGCUUAAUGUGGUUACAGGUUUUUAGGUUUAUGUUUAAUGCAGUAAAAACAUUUUAAGUUCUACUUUUAAGUGGAUUAAGUGUAAACAUUUGAGGAGCAGUGAAGGUUAUAUUACUUUGUGUCAUUGUCACUGAAACAGAUAUGUUGAGAGCUCUUCUUCCGACCAACCUGUACUCUGGAAACACAACACUAAAAUAUACAUGUACAGAAGACAAACGCUAAGGAGAAUGAAUGUGUAAAUACAUGUUGAUGUGCUCACUGAGAGACGUGGGUAAUUUGUAUAUAAGAAGGCAUUGAAAUAUACAGUUUAAUGUACAUAUUCACUGUAUUAAGUUCUAUGCUGCCUUAGCUAUGCAAUAUUGGUGUUGGAAAUGCCUUGACGAUUCCCUUUGCCUUAAAAUGUAUUCGCAGGUUAGUUUUUGAAUGUUUUUGCUCAACAUCAGUAAGAUCUAUUCAGUAACACUACAUUGCCAUCAUUAACUGUUUAUGAUAACAGAAAUUGGAGAGUUUGAGUGUGAAUGUGGAAAAUUGUGAGGAAGAUUGCCAAUUUAUAUUAUAAAUUAUACUUGAUUUAGAUGUACAAUUCAUGAUGAAGAUAAAUAAUUUAUUGCCUCUGAAUCCUACUUCUUGUUUUUAAACAGGAGAAGCCAGAUAACCUACUUUAGUAGAUUGAUUUCUAAGACAUGACACAAUGUAUGGUGACAUCUAGUGGCUAAAGAAAGACAUGUUUUAUUCACAGUUCAAAAAAAAAAAAAAAAGAAAGAAAAAAAAAGAAGAGGAACAACAGUUUUCUCGACAGUAAUUUUUCUUCCAUACUUUUAGAGUGACAUGUUCUGGUGCUGAUAAGAGCCAAUAAUGAUGGUAUGAUAAGGUGAAGUUUGAUGGAUGAAGAAUGGUUUUGACUUGAGUGACUGCAUGUGUGCAACAAUGCAUGAAUAAUAGAUACUGUAACUGGAUAUCAGGGUUCUCUUGUUAAGGUCUCGCACAGUUGUCAUCGAUAUGAGAGGCCAGACUCCAGCUACAGCACUUCUGUUUUUUGGUAUUUAUCUGGUGUGAACUUUGUAAAAUAUAUUUGAAAGUGGAAAGUAAAGAAAAAAAGCAAAGGACCUGUAGUGUCAGUGCCCUGCAGAAACCCCACAACCUAAAAAAAAAAAAAAAAAAUCUUGUCAGUUAAGAGAAAUUGAUGUUUUUGAAGUGUUACGGAAGUUAGGUAUUUUCCAUAGAGACUGUGGAGGCAAUGUCAGUAAGAAAGAGAAAAAAGUGAUAAAAAGUCAUUUUUGCAGGACACUGACACAAUGAAAAGAGUUGUGCAUAUCUUUGUGUACAUACUAUAUGAGAACAUGUACAGAGGUGGAGUAAAGAAGGGAGCGAUCUUGGUCUAAUUUAUUUAUUUAUGAAAUCAAGUCUCAGCUGGGUCAAGUGACAUCUGUGUCCCAAGUACUGUAGGUGAAUAACUGUUUAGGGAAAUCCAAAUGAGGUAGAGCAUUUUAAGAUUUUCCAAUUUUCUCAACAGUUAACUGUAAACAGACAUAAUCCUUCAAAUAUGUUGCCACUUUAAAAACGGUAAUGAUCCUCCAGACAAAAUAAACAUAUUUUGGCUGUUUUACAUUAUUCAGAGAUACAGCAAUUUGAUUUAAUGCUGACUCAACUACAAAUAGUUUAUGAUUUAUCAGUAUUGUUAGAGCUACAUUGAUCUAAUAUGUAGCUGGUUAUCAAUUUGCCUGUAUAAACAGAUAUUCACUUAUAUUCUGAUUGCUUUAAUUAAAUAUUUGAAGACAUUUGCAUUUUGAUCAACUGGUUUUAAAAAAUCAACCAGUUAUGUGAACUGUGACUUCAUACAAACAUGCAUUAUUCUUGGUAAUAAAUUUCUCUCUUUUUCCUGCACAACGUCAAACAAAUUUCAUGAAACUCUCUUUUCCUCUCUGUCCCCAGCCAGCGAAAUCUGAAUGUUCACGAUCAGACAAUUUCAUGUUUGCUAAUGUUAUUUUCACUAAAACUUAAGUUUAAAUGUACAGAUUGCUUGACAUUGUGGAAUUUGUAUGUAUGAAAUAGCAAUACUGCAAGAUUUCACUGUUUUUUGAAGUUGAAAUGCUGUCAAGUUGUUCUUGUAAUAAAUAUUUUCCUCUGAAGUUUACAAAUUAG